AUGCACCCGGCGCUCAGCAACCCUUGCGCGGUCUCAUCCUCGUCUGGCUCCUUUCCGCCGCCCCCUGCCGCCGCCCGGCUACAGCCCCUCUUCCUCCGGGGGGGUUCCUCCCGCGGCCGGAGAGGCUCGGGCGACAGCAGCACCAGCACCAGUACCAGCCGGGGGGGAGGAGGCGGCAGACGCGGCGGGGGCGGCUGCUCCCCCAGCAGCAGCACGGGCGCAGAGAGAGAGGACGACGACGAGAGCAUCAGCAUCAGCAAGCCACUGGUGCCGGCCACCGCCGCCGCGCUCCCGGGACCCCUGGCUCAGGGGGGCGCCGCGGCCGCCGACUCCGCGCCGGCCGCCUUCUCCUCCUCCACUGCCACCACCUCCUCCACUUCCACGCCCACCUCCUCUUGCAGCAUGACGGCUGCCGACUUCGGCGGGGGCGCAGCGCCUGGGGCCGUCGGGGGCUCAGGGGGCCGCUCCGCCGGGGGCGCGGGCGGUACCGGGACUGGCAGCGGCGCUUCCUGCUGCUCGUGUUGCUGCUGCUGCGGCCGCCCGGCCCGGUCUGGCCGUAGGGGUCGGCGUCGCUGCUGCACCCCAAGCCCGGGGUGCCGCUGGGGCUACCAGGCGCUGUCCGUGGUGCUACUGCUGGCGCAAGGCGGUCUGCUAGACCUGUACCUCAUCGCCGUCACUGACCUGUACUGGUGCUCCUGGAUCGCCACCGACUUGGUGGUAGUGGUGGGUUGGGCCAUCUUCUUCGCCAAGAACAGCCGGGGCCGUCGGGGCGGCGCGGCGAAUGUCGCGCACAACCACCAUCAGCACCACCACCACGUUGCGCCUCCUUUGCACCUGCCCGCUGCCUCAUCAGCCUCUGUUGGGGCCCCGGCCGGGGCCAAGGCGCGCGGCGGACGCGCGAGCGCUGGAGGCCCAGGGAGCUGCCCGGGGGCGACCGGGACGGCGGGGGAGUUCGCCUUCGCCUACCUGGCCUGGCUCAUCUACUCCAUCGCCUUCACGCCCAAGGUGGUGCUUAUCCUCGGCACGUCCAUCCUGGACCUCAUCGAGCUGCGCGCGCCCUUUGGCACCACGGGCUUCCGCCUCACCAUGGCGCUGUCGGUGCCCCUGCUCUACAGCCUGGUGCGGGCCAUCAGCGAGGCGGGCGCGCCUCCUGGUUCUGCGGGACCCCUGCUCCUGCAGCCCCAGCAACACCGGGCUGCUGGCUGCUUCCUGGGCACGUGUCUAGAUCUGCUCGACAGCUUUACCCUGGUGGAGCUGAUGUUGGAAGGGCGGGUGCCGCUGCCCCCGCACCUGCGAUACCUGCUUAUCUCUGUCUACUUCCUCACCCUUGCCUCGCCGGUGCUCUGGCUCUACGAGCUCAACUCCACAGCUGUGGCAGCGUCGUCCUGGGGCCAGGCCUCAGGCCCUGGCAGCUGCAGCCGCCUUCUGCGCCUACUGAGUGGCUGCCUGGUGGAUGUGCCCUUGCUAGCGCUGCGGUGCCUCCUGGUGGUGAGCUUCCAGCAGCCCCUCUCCAUCUUUAUGCUCAAGAACCUCUUCUUCCUUGGCUGCCGAGGCCUGGAGGCCCUAGAGGGCUGUUGGGAUCGGGGGAGUCGGACCUCCCCUACUCGGGCUAGGGGCAGUUAUGGUGCUCCACCUUCUGCCCCACCGCCCCCGUCGCCACCACCUCAGGGAGGUUCCCAGCUGGGCCACUGCAUCUCUGAGAACGAGGGGGGUCCCCAUGGUUAUGUCAACACGCUGGCUGUCGCUUCCCAGAAUUGA